AUGCUAACAACAGUAGCUCGAAGAAUUAUGUCAAGUUUGCCCGAAAAGGGAAGAUCACUUAUUGCUGUAUGUCAACUUACAAGCGAUCACGAUAUAGAAAAGAAUUUUGCGAUCUGUAAGGACAUGAUCGAAAGAGCGAGUUCACAGAGAUGUAAGAUGAUAUUCUUUCCGGAGUGCUUUGACUCUAUUGGUAGGAACCGGGAGGAAACCAUAAAUUUAGCGAUAGAAGAAGAGAGCCCAUUUAUUCGGCGUUUCAGGUCUUUAGCCAAACAGCACGGUAUCUGGAUGUCUCUCGGUGGCUUUCACAACAAGGUGAGCAUGUUAUUUGCAACACAAUUGCUGUAA